AUGCUUAAAUCAACAAAAAGAGAUUUGGAUACAGAUGACGGUUCUGUCAAAAACCUCUUUUAUGAGACGAGCAUCGCUGAAACAGCCGUUUCUCGCAACAGCAAUGAUAACCAAUAUGCUUUAAUGCGGUAUUCAAUAUGGAAUGGUCAAAAUAAGGCGGAUAUCAACGACUAUGCAAAAUCUUUGGAGAUCCAGAAUACUUUUUCGCACCGCUUUCUUGCACCGCCUGAUUCACAGAUACAAUCAUCUUUUUCAAGCCCCGCCAAUCUCCAUCAAGCAUCUUUAACCAGGCUUAUUGGAAAAGAUUCAUCCAUGAUUGUAGUAAACCGCACACACGUGCCACAACAUGGUUCCAAACCAUUCAGCUCGAUUCAUAUCAAAUAUCUGAAUCUUUCGGGUUGCAGUGAUAUCACGUCCACGACACUUGCCAUGUUUAUUCAAAGGCUGACAGGAUUGGAAGCAUUGGUGGUUGAUAAAGUUUCAGCAGUGAAUUAUUCUGUUCUAAAAAGCAUUCCCAGCACAUUGAUUGGCAUCUGGAUGCGUCAGUGCAGUCAAGUUUGUGAUGACGGUAUUAUAGCACUUGCAAAAAAUGCUUCAAAUCUUCAAGAUGUACAUUGGGCACAAUCCUUUGACAGACUAUUGAUCAGAGCGUUAGAAAUCAGCUGCCGACAACUGCAAAGCGUCAAUGUAUCCAACUGCUAUGCACUCAACAUCACACCAUUACAAUCACUAAUCCGAACUUGUACAGAUCUUUCAUUUCUUUGUAUAUAUGGAUGUGACAAAGUUAUUUACCACUGGAGUGCAAUCAACAAUCCUGCAUACAAUCGCGUCACAGCCAUCAAUAGUAUGGUAUCUGAUCAGCAACAAAGAUCACAUUAUGCUGCUCAAGAACCUUCAACACAUGGCUUGGAAGGGAUGGAUAACAAAAAAGACUAUGAUGAGAGUAAGCAGGGCGUUAUUGCCGAAGGAGAGUAUGGAGUGUUUCAAGGCAGAGCACAGGUGUUACAAUUGACUUGGUAG